CUUUCUGGACUACACCCCCAUGUCGCCCCCUUCUGUCGGGGAAUACCUCUCCAAGCGCGAUGCAUUCAUCAACGAUGAACGCUCUCUCCGACGAGAGCACGCCCGUCUGAAUGCCCUCUCCGACGCAGAGGCGCAAGCAGACACAGUGGUUCGCCAGAUACGCGCAGACGAGGCCAAGACGAUUUGGACCGACGACAACGAGAAUAUGCCCCAUGUAUUCCCCGGCAUGGAGUUCUUGACCUCAAGGGACCUCAUUGUCAAGACCAAACUAUUCAACAUCCUCGCAAAAAUGCCCAAAGGCGCCCUCCUGCACGCCCACCUCGACGCCAUGGUCAACGUCCGCACCCUCCUCCGCCUCGCCCUCCAGCACCCCGCCUUCCACAUCCGCGUCCCCGCCUCCCUCACCGCGGCCUCUCUCAAGACGACCCUCCCCGAAGUGCGCCCUCGGCCCAAGGCCGAGUGGUCCGCGCUAUCCUCGCUGCGUGACGCUGCUGCUGGCGAGUGGGUGCCCCUGCAGCAGGCGCGCGCGAACUUUGACCCCGCGCUGGGCGGCCCGGAGGGCUUUGAUGACUGGGUCGUCGGCCAUCUGACGAUCAACCCCGCCGAGGCGUACGGGACGCACAAGACGACGGACAAGAUAUGGGAAAAGUUUGCGAACACGUUCCGCGUGGCAUCGGGCCUGAUACGCUACGCGCCGAUCUGGUACCCCUACAUCCGCGAGUUCUUCCGCACCUCCAUCGACGACGGCAUCUCGUACAUCGAGGUCCGCAUCAACUUUGGAUACAAGACAAUGUUCAACGCGGAGGGCUACGACGUCGUCCCCGCGCGAGAGUGGGUGCGCGACUUUGAGCGCGCGCUCCGGGAUACGCAGCAAGAAUUAAAAGACCAAGGGCGCCAGGACGUCUUCCACGGAGCCCGGAUCAUAUACACGACGAUCAGGAUGUACACCCCCGACGAGAUGGAGUGGUACCUCGACGAGUGCCUCGCGCUCAAACAAGAGUUCCCCGACAUCAUCGCAGGCUUCGACCUCGUCGGGCACGAAGACUCCCUGCACCCGCUCAUCCACUACAUCCAGCCCCUGCUGCGCUUCCGCGCGCGCCAGGCGGAGCUCGGGCUCGACAUCCCCUUCAUCUUCCACGCGGGCGAGACGCUGGGCGACGGCACGCCCGCGGACGUGAACCUGUACGACGCGAUCCUGCUCGGGACGAAGCGCAUCGGGCAUGGGUUCUCGUUGGCGAAGCACCCCAAGUUGAUGGAGAUAUGCAAGGAGAGGGGCAUCGCGGUCGAGAUGUGUCCCAUCUCGAACGAGAUCCUGCGUCUGACAAGCUCCAUGCCGAUGCACCCGCUCCCGAUCAUCGUCAACCAUGGUAUACCCGUCGCGCUGUGCUCGGACGACCCCGCUGUAUUUGGGAACAUGGGGCUAUCAUACGAUUACUUCCAGGUACUUGUGGCGAGCGAAGUCACGGGCCUGACCACUCUCGGCCAGAUAGCGAGAGACAGCCUAGAGUUCUCGACGUUGGAUGCCGAGGCUAAGGGGAAGGCGCUCGCCGCGUGGGAGAAGCGCUGGCAGGAGUUCUGCAAUGAGGUGGCUGCGCUCGGUAAAUGACUGGCGGAUGCAACGUCAGUCAGAGCUAACGACUUCAACGUCGGAUACCCCGUCGUUCGGCGACUAAGCCGGGAAGACCAGAUGCCGCAGAGACGGCCCAUGCAUGUAGGACGGACUUCAACGUCCUAAACGCUGUACAUAGUACAUUACAGCCCUCGGCCUCUGGCUCUGCUGCGAUGUCCUCUACUGCCCUAUCCAUCUUGCUCAGAUGAGUAUCAACCUUCGAUCAAUCUUCUGCCAUUAGUUCCUCCAGCUCUCUCUCCUCUUCCUCGGUCAGACCGGAUGGCUUUUCCGCAUUGGUAGGCUCCUCCUUCGUGCUCGGCACCGCUUCGGCUUGUACAGGCGCAGGCUUGAGCAGCUCCGACACCCGCC